AUGGCGCAGGAGAACGCCGCCUUCUCGCCCGGGCCGGAGGAGCCGCCGCGGCGCCGCGGCCGCCAGCGCUACGUGGAGAAGGACGGCCGGUGCAACGUGCAGCAGGGCAACGUGCGCGAGACCUACCGCUACCUGACGGACCUGUUCACCACGCUAGUGGACCUGCAGUGGCGCCUCAGCCUGCUCUUCUUCGUGCUCGCCUACGCGCUCACCUGGCUCUUCUUCGGCGCCAUCUGGUGGCUGAUUGCCUACGGCCGCGGCGACCUGGAGCACCUGGAGGACACCGCGUGGACGCCGUGCGUCAACAACCUCAACGGCUUCGUGGCCGCCUUCCUCUUCUCCAUCGAGACGGAGACCACCAUCGGCUACGGCCACCGCGUCAUCACCGACCAGUGCCCCGAGGGCAUCGUGCUGCUGCUGCUGCAGGCCAUCCUGGGCUCCAUGGUGAACGCCUUCAUGGUGGGCUGCAUGUUUGUCAAGAUCUCGCAGCCCAACAAGCGCGCCGCCACGCUCGUCUUCUCCUCGCACGCGGUGGUGUCGCUGCGCGACGGCCGCCUCUGCCUCAUGUUCCGCGUGGGCGACCUGCGCUCCUCGCACAUCGUCGAGGCCUCCAUCCGCGCCAAGCUCAUCCGCUCGCGCCAGACGCUCGAGGGCGAGUUCAUCCCGCUGCACCAGACCGACCUCAGCGUGGGCUUCGACACCGGCGACGACCGCCUCUUUCUCGUCUCGCCGCUCGUCAUCAGCCACGAGAUCGACGCCGCCAGCCCCUUCUGGGAGGCUUCGCGCCGCGCGCUCGAGAGGGACGACUUUGAGAUCGUCGUCAUCCUCGAGGGCAUGGUGGAAGCCACGGGAAUGACAUGCCAAGCUCGGAGCUCCUACCUGGUGGACGAGGUGCUGUGGGGCCACCGCUUCACAUCAGUGCUGACCCUGGAGGAUGGCUUCUAUGAGGUGGACUAUGCCAGCUUCCACCAGACCUUUGAGGUGCCCACGCCCUCAUGCAGUGCCCGGGAGCUGGCAGAGGCUGCAGCCCGCCUUGACGCCCAUCUCUACUGGUCCAUCCCCAGCCGGCUGGAUGAGAAGGUGGAGGAGGAGGGGGCAGAGGAGAGGGCCGAGGAGGGGACAGGAGAGGGGGAGGGGGUGGGAACAGAAGAGGCAGAGGGGAUGGAAACAGGAGAGGGGGCAGGUGGGGGUGCUGGGGCUGACAAGGAGCAGAAUGGCUGCCUGCCAUCCCCAGAGAGUGAGUCCAAGGUGUGA